CUUUUUUGGUAUAUACGUUGCGCAUCAUGUCUGAAGAGCAGCAAGAGCAAGAGCAGCAGCAGCAGACUGUCGAUGAGAAAAUCGUCAGCCUAAAGAUACAGCUUCCAGAGGCUGAUGAAAGCCUAGAGAUUCCAUGCUCUGUUGAAGACUCUCUUUUCGACAUCGUCGAAACUUUGAAAGUUCUUCCAUCAACUAGAGAGUACACUUCAUAUCAGUUGAAAAUAGACAAUAAGGCAUACGGUGAGGAAACCAUCAUUUCCGAGUUGGUUAAGGAUAGUGAAGAAACCAUCUACAUUUCUUUAGUGUUCUCACCAUACAACGAGAUAACCGCAAGAAAGCAUGUCAUCGCUGCCAGAGAAUAUGCUGGGUUGGAGUCUAAAGAUGAUGCCUUUGCGGAAAUUUCUGGUGUUUGCUCCGGAGCCUCUACUUAUGAAGACUUGGGUUUGGAAGAAUCUACUCCCGCUGCACCAAAAACAGACAAAGAAGCAGAGGACGAAAAGGGAAAUGUAGAGGAAGAAAGGCAAGGCAAUGAAAUCAUUAAGGACUUUACUGAAGAACAAAAGUCCCAGCUUUCUGAACUUGUGAAUGAAAUCUGCGACCUUAAACCAGAUUUGAAGGUCGUUGCUGCUAAACCUAACCUCAAAACUUCUCCAGCACUGAAAUCUUUGUUUUUUUCUCAAUGGUGUCCUUCUGACUUAAGAAGAAAAGUUGCUGGUGACCUUUUCUAUUUACAAGCACAAACUUUAGAGGGAGAAAAUUUCAACAUCACUGCUCACGUCAGUGGUUUCUUCGUUAACAACUCAUCAAACACUAAAUUUGAUGGUUCUGUCCACUCGUUCAAUUCUACCAGAGUAGUUAAGAAUUAUUCAUUGAUUUCUUUGUUGAAAACAUUAUCCCCAAUGUUUGAAAAGCAGAUUGAACAAAACAACUUAGAGUUAUCUAAGCACGCAAUUGAAACAUAUAUUGUUCCAAAUACCACUACUGUUACAUCGCCAUGGUUGGUGAACUCACUGGAAUCAUCUACUCCAGAUUUAGGUAGAUCUCAAUACAACCUUUUACAUGGUGGUAUUGAUGGUGCAGACUUACAAGUCGACUGGAACAAAGAUUAUCAAUUACUUAGAGAUAUCCCUAAAACAAAUCUUACCCAGAGGUACAGUAGAGAGCAAUCUCUUAUAUCCACAAGCUCCAGCUUUACCUCUGCUGCCACCAAGAGUGCUAUGGCCGUUGUCAGAGGUGAAAUCGAUCCUAUUAACCCAGAGGAAGAGUCUGAAUACCAUAUUUUUUUGAGAAAUGGUAUCUUCUAUUCCAAAGCCAUCGAUUCAAUUGGCCAAUUCAAAUCAACAGGUGGAGAUGAAGCUGCGAGGUCGACUGUCGCUAAAGAUGUUGCGGCUUUGAGGUAUUUGAACAGGUAUGAUAUUGGUGGAGUUCAUUCUUUAUUGACUACAAUUGUUGACUAUUUGGGUCACAGAAUUGUUUGCCAAGCACCAGUUCCUGGUAUUUUUCAGGAUAGCGAGGAUGAGAAUGCUGAACCAGUACAAAGCGUUAAGUAUGGUUUCAUUGACGAUCAUUCGGAUGUAGUCACCGAUGAAACUUUUGCAGAACAAUUCAAGGAGGUAGGUGAAGCUUUCCACCUAAAACCGCACAAAAUUUGGAACUUAGACGGCUCUAAAGUAGUUGAUGUGGUGACUUCGGGUUACACUAAAGGUACGAAAGGAUCUGAUAACAAGUCAUAUAUUAUCGAUCUGUUCAGAACCACUCCUCUAGAUAUUGAAUUUAUUGAUGAGAAUUAUGAUGUAUCGAAAAAAGACUCCUAUCCUCACAGAGAGACUUUAUUGAGACAUGAAGCUAUCAAUGAAUGGAUUAAGAGAGAGACACUUCUUGCAGUCAAAAAGGAAACUGAAAGAUUGGAAAAGGAAGGUAAGUCAAACUCCGAAAUCAAAGAAACUAUUGGUGUUGAUAACUCCAUCUUCUUGCUAAAUCCAGAUGCGUUUUCAUUAACUCCGGCACCAACUCCAGAGUUAGCAGAAGAGUUGAAAUCAGAUGAGGGUAAGGUCAGAGAAGUUUCCAAGUUCGUCAACCAAGUUUUAGUCCCUGAGUUCAUUAAGGAGAUGGAGAAGGCCCAGGUUUACAAUGCCAUUGACGGCUCUCAUUUGUCUGCAAUUCUUCACGAAUAUGGUAUCAACAUUAGAUACUUGGGUAAGAUUGCUAACUUGGCUGCAGAAAGAAAAGAAGCCUACUUGAAAGAACAAGAAUCGAAAGCAGCUGAAAUCGAGAAAAUUAAUGAAAGAGCUUUGGAGAAAGACGAAAAAGAAAUUGCUGAAAAGAAGGCUAAACUCGAGGCUAGACUGAAAGCAAGGAAGGAAGCCGCUGAAAAAGGUGAGCCUAUUCCAGAUUUCAAGGAAGAAGAAGAAAAAGAGGCUAAGGAGGCUGAAGCUGCAGAAAAAGAAUUGUCAACUGAACUUAACACUAUUCCGGUUCCAGCGUUAUUGGAUUCACUAUAUGUCCUUUCGAUCAACGAAAUGAUUGCAAGAGCUGCUAAGCACUUUUUGAGAAAAGCACUUGAGUUUGUUCCUUUACCUCUUGCCCCAUAUGUGAUUUCUCACGUUCACAACUGUUUACUUUCUUCAAAAGCUAACCCAAAUCCGGAAGCACCUAAAUUAGAUUCUUUCUUGGCUGAAGUGUACAACGAUGUUGACCUUUCAAUUUUGAAGCAAAACUCAAAAUCAAUUGCGGAAUCUAUUUCUCAAGAGGUUCAUAUCAGAUACAGAUUUGACUUACCAACAAAUUGGAGUGAUCUAAUCUUGGUCGAACAAUUAAUGAGAUCUAUCGCACUCAAGUUUGGUAUUCAAUGGAGGGAGAGAGCUUAUGCUUUCACCAAGGAAGCAUUAAGUUCUCAGAUUGAAAAUCUAACAAAUGAAUUUAACGCUGCUGCGGCAACCUCCUCACACACCAGCAAAUAUGAUGAUAAGCAUUCUAAGAAGAAGGGCAGAAAAUCCUCUCCAAAAGCCGAAAUUCCAACUGAAGUUACGGUAAUAAGCACAACUUUUGUUCCUGAAGAUAUAGUCUGUAUUGCCCCUGUGGUUAAGAACUCUAUCUUUGAAUCAACUUCUGUUCCAGAUGCAUGGGAGACUGGUGUUUUAAAACUAUCCAGUCAAGAUGAAGCCCAAGUUCAAGAAGGCUCAAUUUUUAUCAACCAAGCUGUUCAGUUUUGUGAAAGACUUUAUGGUCCUGUUCAUAACAUUACUGCCACUUACUUGACAAAACUAGGAAAUCUUUAUGCUUCAUCCGGUGCUGAGUACGACGCAGUUGACCUCUUUAAAAAAUCAUUCCAGAUUUUUGAGAGAUGUGCAGGUAUUGAUUCUUUCCAAGCUGCUCUGGCAUUAAGUCAAUUGGCAAAUGCUUAUGUUUCAAACAAGCAAAUAAUCAAUGCUGUCAAAAUCUACAAGAGAUUGAUUCAAUACUGGAUUUUGGCAUUUGAUGAAUACCAUCCUAACGUUAUUACUAUUCUUACCUCUGUUGCCGUUAUAUUAAUGAAACUUGAAAUGACUAGUGAUGCUAUAAAAGUUUUCACCAAAACCUUGAAACUCAGUGAUAAACUAAACGGUGAACUUAGUCAACAAUCUGCGUUCUUCAGAUAUCAAUUGUCUCAGCUUCUUCUCUCAGAUAAGAAAUUCCAGGAAGCUUUUGACUGUGCCGAAAAAGCUUUUGAAGGUUUCAAAGCUACCCUGGGUCUGGAAGAUAAGUCUACUGUUGAUGCCAAGAAAUUGGCUGUUGGUUUGAAGAACUACAACGAAUACAUGAAAUACCAAGCAAAGAAUUUGCAAGAAAAGGAACAAGAAGCUAGAAAAUUGGAACAACAACAACACAUUAAGGCUAAACAAGCACAAAAGGCCAAGCAGGUGAAUCCUGAUCCUGAAAUUGCCAACAAGAGCAUUGAUGACAUUGUUGCCUUCAUUAGCGGCUCUAAUAACGCUAGCAAGAAGAAGAAGAGCAACAAGAAGAAAACCUCUAAAAAAUAGUUAGACUCUAGAUUUUAAUGCGUGUAUGUAUUUCUGUAUAACUUGUCCAUAAAUUGUUCGUAUUGUUUUAGAUGUUGAGGAUACCCAUCUUUAUUUUUAGUUUUACAAUCUGUAUCUAUGAUAUUUUAUUUUCUAUAGUUGACGAUUUGAUCCAUCGUCAGUGUUUUAUCAUAAUUCCUCAUCGCCUUCAACAUCACCAAAUUGCCAGCAACCUACGUGAAGUGACUUUGCCUGUUCUUCCAAAGCAAGCAAUUCAUCACGCUCUUUGCUCAACAGCAAUUCAAAUGGAGCCAAAUUCUUCUUUUUGACCAAACCCCAACC